AAAAGAUAGUACAACAAUAGUAGAGUGGUGCAUUCGAUCUGCCAUGAUCGAAUGCACGUCCUUUGUAUAUUAUUUAAAAUAUUAUAAAACAUGGUUUCGACUCGAGGACCUAAAUUUAAAUUUUCUGACGGUGAAAAAGUAUUAUGUUACGAACCCGAUCCAACAAAAGCAAAAGUGUUAUACGAUUCAAAGGUUUUAGAUGUAAUUGUAAAUAAAGAUCAAAGAGGUAGGAAAGCUGUGGAGUAUCUCAUACAUUUUCAGGGAUGGAAUUCUUCUUGGGAUCGUUGCGUCACGGAAGAAUAUGUUUUAAAAGACACAGAAGAAAAUAGGCAACUACAAAGGGAUCUUGCACAAAAAGCGCAACUUCAGUUGGGAGCAUAUUUGUAUAGAAGGGAGCGAAAGAAGAGAAGUUAUAAAUAUUCCGAACGUCUAGUGGAAUCGGAAUCAGAAUCAAAAAGACAGGCAAGAAGUGCUGGAAGUCGUGCGACUUCAGCGACGACCGGAUCUUCCGAAGACGGAAGUUCUGGUCAACGAGACGAGUACGAUACUGAAGAUGCAGUUACGGAAGAAGAUGAGGAGGAAGAAGACGAUGAAGAAGAGGAGGAAGAGGAAGAAGAUGACACUGACAGUAGUGUCUCCGAUUAUGAGGGGGAGGAAUCGAGUGGUGGCGGUGGUUUAGGUGGUGGUGGAGAUGAUGAUAGUUGUGGAGGAAGUCAAUCUGGUGCGAGCAUCAGACCUGGAGUUGAUCUUGAUAUAGGAAAUACAUUACGUCGAAUUUUGGAAAUAGACAGUGAAUUAAUUAACCAAAAAAAUAAGCUUGUUGUUUUACCAGCGCAACCAACAGUUGCAACUAUUUUAGAAUCGUGGGUACAUCAUUUUACGGAAACGGAGUUGAAAAGUAUUCCUGAUAAAACACAACGAAAUAAGGGCAAUAAUGUUGUUGAAAAAACGUUGACAGAUAUAAAUCUUUGUCGUGAAGUUGCCGAUGGCCUAAGAGUUUAUUUCGAUUUUACGUUGCAAAAACUUCUCCUCUAUAGGCAAGAAAGAGAACAAAAUACUUCAAUAAUGCUUGCUUCGUUAAAUAUGGAACCAGUUGAAAUUAAGGAAGAAGCUCUCGAAAUUUCGGAUGUGGCAAUAAAGGAGGAAAUAGAAGAUACGGAAUAUGCUCAUCUACCUCCAUUUCAAGAACAAGAACCGGAAAUAGAAAAUUCAAAUAAACCUGUGAAUCAGGUAAAACGGAAAUUAAGAUCAUGCAGAGUUAGUUCUGUUGAAGAGCCAAGACAAUUAAGAAGCCAUGAAGAAACAAAACAGGAUCAAGGAAAUUUGUCGAGCAGCAUGGCCAGCACAAGUUCGCGUUGUUCUAGUCCAAGAGGGGUUACAUUAAGAAUGCCUGUUGUUGUUCCCGCUCAUAUCGGUACUUUACUUCAAGAAUCCAAAGGCUGGAGAUUAAUUCCAGAAUCUGCAAAAUUUAAAGGCAUCCGCAAUCCUUGUCUCAUUUAUGGCGCUGUACACUUUGUCCGACUAUUUGUCAAAUUGCCAGAACUGUUGCAGAAUUCGGAUAUAGCUGAUAAAAAAUUGAAAGUUGUUUUAAAGUAUUUAGAUAUGGUUCUAAGUUAUUUAGAAUUACAUCGUGAAUGGUUCGGCGAGCAAUAUUAUACGCAGGCUGAGCCACAAGCAACUGAAUUGUGUGAAAAUCACUGAUUUUAAAUGAAUGAAUAGAUAGUGGAUUUAUUUUUAUACAAAUGAAUAUGUGAACAUAAUGAUUGAUUUUUCUUUUCUUUUUUUUUUGAUGAUGAAAGUUUCCUUUUAAAUUGCGAUUUAGCACAACAAAUAUAAAUUCACGAAUUUUAAAUAGUUUGUGAAUUAUUUUUUAAUUUCAAGAACUACAGUUUGUUUUGUAGCAAACAGUACCUGCGGAAAAAAAAGAAAAAAAAGGAUCACUUCAAACUCUUUCUUUUUCUUGAUCUCGAUAUUGUUGUUUUCUGCAACGUUCACUCUCAGGAUUAAUAAAAUUCUCCGUUUCUUACCAAAA